GGUGAGAAGAAGGAGGCACGGCGCGAGGCCUCUCGGCCCGCACACCGGGCGCGCCGCGGGGGUCAACAGGGUCGUCUUCGAGCACUUCACAGAGCGGGCAGUCAAUACGGUGGUGCUGUCGCAGAAAGAGGACAGGGGGCUCGGGGAGGGGGCCGUGGCGCCGCGCCACCUGCUGCUCAUCUACAAUUGAUGCCGGUGAUAAGCAUUUGGAGAGCUACUGGACAUUGGGUUUAACAGUAUCACAGUCAAAGAAAGGGGAUACCAAGUUUCCAAAUGUCCUGUCGCUUCUUGCCACAUAUCUGAGCAGAUCAGUUCAGAAGAAUGAAGAAUUACUAGGUUCUGAUGGAAUGAAGGAGUCGUCCACUAUCUUUCAUGGCCAGAGGGUGACAGAUCUCAGUAUACAGCUCUAUGCAGAACGCAUUUUCAAGUAUGCUGAGUGCAGUCACUAUGUUCAUCGCUUGCUAAUUACAAGUGUGGCGGUUGCUGCCAAAUUCACAGAUGAUGCGUUUUUCAACAAUACAUUCUAUGCUAGGGUGGGAGGAAUCAACACAAUCGAGAUGAAUCGUCUCGAGCUGCAUUUGUUGUUUAAUCUGGACUUCAGGCUGAAAGUGAACCUAGAGACUUUUUUGGGAGCUACUGCUUGCAACUGGAGAAACAUGCACCGGUGUCACCAGAGAGACUGUCGGUUCAGGUUCAUUGUGUCAAAUGAUCUAAAGAUUUGAGCUAUAGCGGUAGCACUGACGAGCGGAUUUCUAGAUUUUGG